AUGAGUAAGCUUUGGACGGAGGAGCAGUUCAACUGCCCCGUGUGUCUGGACCUGCCCUCCGACCCGGUGACCAUCCCGUGCGGCCACAGCUACUGCAUGGCGUGCAUCGCCGACUUCUGGAGCACGGAGAAGACGAAGAAGAAGUCGCCGGGCGUCUACAGCUGCCCCGAGUGCCGGCAGACCUUCAGCCCCCAGCCGCCGCUCAACCGCAACACCAUGCUGUCCGAGGCCAUGGAGCAGCUGCGCAAGGGCAACAAGCUGAGCAGCGGCGCGCGCGAGACCAUCCGCAGAGCACAGGGCGCUAGCGUGCGAGCUAACGACACCGCUAAACCCGGAGCUAACGGGCGGCUGUCGUCGGCGGCGGCGGUGGCGGUGCCCUGUGACCAGUGCCCGGACGGGGGCCGCGAGGCGGCGAAGACCUGCCUGGUGUGCAUGGCGUCCUUCUGCGAGGCGCACCUGAAGCCGCACAGGACCAACGCCAAGCUGAAGGGCCACGAGCUCAUCGCGCCCACGGGCAACCUCGCGGAGAAGAUGUGCCCGCAGCACAAGUACCUGCAGGAGUUCUACUGCAAGCCCUGCCAGAUGUACGUCUGCUGGCUCUGCACCAGCAACCAGCACAAGGGACACGAGAGUGUGUCCACGCAGGCCCAGCGCACGGAGAAACAGAAAGAGGUAGAGGUGGCCCAAACACAGAACCAGCAGAGGCUCCAGGAGAGACAGAAGGAGCUGAAAGACAUGAAGAAAGUUCUGGAAUCAGUCACGCGCUCCUCUGAGAAGGCCCAGGCGGAGGUGGAGACGGUGCUGAGCGAGCUCCAGCGGUCGGUGCAGCGUCUGCAGGACCUGGUGGGGGAGGUGAUGCUCUCCACUGGGCAGGAGAAGCUAAGCGAGGCCCAGGACGUGGUGCAGAAGCUGCAGGCCGAAGUCAGGCUGAUGAAGAGGAGGGAGACGGACAUGAGGGACCUGAUCCGUUGCCAGGACAACAUCUACUUCCUACAGAACUGUGAGGCUCUGGUGUGUCCGGUGGAGGAGGGGGACUUGGGGAGUGUGUGUGUCAACCCCGACGCCUCCUUCGACCCGGUCCGCUGCACCGUCCUGGAGCUCCGUCAGCGGGUGGAGGAGAUGUGCAACCUGGAGCUCAACAACAUCAACAGGACAGGUGUGGACACACACACACACGUAACAGCUCACGACGAACCUCGGAUGCCAGGAACCGUGACGAACCAAGAGCUGGGACCUCACCCAGACCUCGACAGAGACAACAGAGACAAGCAAAUGAAGAUGACAGCUUGA